GGACACCUAUAAAGCUAGGUGUUAGUGCAGGUAAAAUGGCAACACUGAAGACCUAUCUGACUGGCAAAGAUGGAGCGGAUUAUCCUCUUGUGCGUGGUUUCCACCUGUCUCUCUACCAUACAUGCUCAGAAAUUUUUCUUCAGUCCAAAAUGGGGCCCCAUUGGCUAUAAAGAACGUGAAGAGCAUGGUGAUGGGACAGCAAUGGAUGAAAUCAUCAAAGCCAACGAGUUCCAUGCUUCCCCAAUCAUAGAUGGCACUACCAGUCUCAGAGAGGGAGACAUUGCUGUUUCUUCUGGAAGGCGCUCCAAAGUCUGCUUCGCUCGUAGCUGCCUCUGGUCUAAGUCAGUGGACGGACACGUCUAUGUCGCAUAUAAGCUCUCCCCUGAAUACUCCGAUGUGGAGACAAAGCUGAUAAAGAAAGCAAUGGAAAACGUAGAGAAAGGUACCUGUGUGCGGUUUGUUCCACGGACUCACCAGCGAGACUUCAUCGACAUCCAGCCAAAGUCUGGGUGUUGGUCCUACCUUGGUGCGCGUGGUGGAAGACAGACCGUGUCUCUCCAGAGCCCUGACUGCCUCCGGGUCGGAGUGAUUUCCCAUGAAUUCAUGCAUUCCCUGGGCUUCGUGCACGAGCAGUCCCGCUUCGACAGGGACAAAUAUGUCACCGUCAUGUGGUCAAACAUUUGGAGGGAUCGGCUGAGGAACUUUGAGAAAUUCAAGACAGACAAUCUGGACCUGCCAUAUGACUAUGGCUCAAUCAUGCACUUUGGGAUGUUUGCCUACUCUCAGGAUGGGGAGCCAACCAUUGUUCCUAAGAACAGCAAGAACAUAAGGCUGGGCCAAACGACAUCUCUCAGCCACAUCGACAAGCUGAAAAUCAACAAGCUCUAUCAGUGUGGUGACGUGGAUGAUUAUUAACCAAACCAAAUCGAGGUGAAACAGGAAUGUACUGAAAGCUUAUAUAAUGAACUCGUGUUAAAUCAUGGAAACAAUUUCAAUAAAGAUUGAUUCGAGC